UUUUUCCCUUUUUUUGUUGACUCAGGGAUUUAUUCCAAGUUAAAGGACUCUGCAGUAGCAUGGGAUGAGAGGCUGUCAUUAGCAAGGCAUGCUUGGGACUCUGAUGAUUGUGUGAUUCCAAAUAAGCAGCAAGUUCUCUUUGACUGGAUCAUCCAAGAAAUUACUCUUGGGUAUAAAAAAGGAGCAAAGUAAGAACUUUGACAAUCAUGUACACAUCAGCAAAAUCAAUUCAGAACAGACAUAGAACUAGUUAUAUUUAUUCAAAAGGAAUGUCAGUAACCUGUCUGUUACAAGGGUUGUAUAAGAGAUUGCAGUCAACAUAUGUCGCAGGGCUCGAACUUAACUUUUUUGUCUACUAGCAAAGUUUUGCUAGUAAGAUUUUUUUUACUAGCAAAAGAAGGAACCUAACUAACAAAUGUUUGCUAGAGGAUAUUUUUUAGACUCGCAACUUCGAAAAACCACUCGCAUUUCACGAAUUUGCGAGUGCUAAUUUCGAGCCCUGUGUCGAUCACGAUGAGAAAAGAAAUGGUGACCCUGGAAAGGAAUUCUCUUGGGUGUUGUGGUUAUCAACUCAAUCUGUGGUUGAGAAGUAAUCAUCAGUCAUCAAAAAAUAUUAGACAAGAGUUGUAAGAUGUCUGACAAGAAUUUCUUAACCUUAUAACUCUCAGAAGUGAUUAACAUGUAACUUCUCCCUCAGAUGUAACCCAGCAAAUAGGAAAUGAGAAUACUUAAACUUAUCAAGUAGAAGUUGUUAUCUUGAUCUAACACCAUACUCUCACAACAAAUUUACAAGGAAUUGUGCAGCUGAGGGGUAGAAGAGAAUUAACCUUCAGAUCAUGGCAGUUAAAGGACAUCAGAUAGUACAUACGAAGUAUUUCUUUGGUUAUUUUAAAAUAGGUCUGUCAAUCACGAGCUUUUGAGUGGACUUUGGCUGCUGCUUCUUCAUACUCUCCAGAGUCAAGAAGAUCUUUAUAGUCCAGGGAAUCUGCCGAUUACUCUAAAACCUCAAUUUAUACAGGUUUGUCUUGAUUUGUUUGCAUCAAAGAUCCAUUCCAUUAUGACCUCUAAUUUAACUGUUACUAAUUCACAAUCUGUGUCUAAAGGUGUACACACACUAUUUUGAACUUUACACUGUAGUGUUAACAUUAAUUGACAAUGGAAAAGCUAUCAUCAUCCAGCUUCUUAAGGUGGAGCAUACACAGGAAUUUGCAAUACUUGGUGUAAAACAAUUACCUAUAAUUAUACUAAAAAAUGCAUCCUAUAUAUGUACCUGGCUGCCAAAGAUUGUCAGUAAUAGUUUGUAAUAAAUACAUUUUUCCAAUCAUUAAGAAAAUAAAUGAUUUUUUUUCUAGAAAUCCCAUGUUGAUAAUGUCAUUAUUUGGGUCAUCUAUGAAUUUUUCAAAUAUUUUUUGUGGCGUUUUCACUGCUAUGCAUGUUACUGGACAGGAUGAGUAACAAGCCAUUUGGACUCCUUACAUAUAUGGUAUUUCUUUCUUGUAAAAUGAUACUGUAUCAGUGUUUUUUGCUCAUCGUGAUGAUAGUUAACUUGUGAAAAUAUUAUUUCGAAAUUGGUACCUUUUUUUUCUCAGGUAUUUACAGAUGUGUUCAUGUUUAAAGAUUCUGUACAAAAUGGAGCAUCAAUCAGCACCCCUAUCAGCUGUUGCUAUGCCAUCAUGUCUACACCUCACCUCAGUGCAUCUAUGGUGGCCAAAUUUGAAAGUUAUGUAAGUAAACCAAUUUUUCUGAGCCCAUCUACAAAAUUCCAUGAAGUCUCUUGCUAAUAUUAAUCACUGGAUUUCAAGUUAUGUCCAGAAAUUCAUGCUGGCAAUAACACAAAUGGUGAAAAUUCAUCAGAAUUGUCAAUUCCAUGAACAUUCCCUUGGUUUGACAAAAUUUCAUCUAAUCUACCAUUUUUGUUCCUGGACUUCUAUAAUCUUACCAUGUAAAUCUAUAUUUUAGGCAUCCUUCCUUUCAGCCUUGGUGACCUUGUAUCUCCAAAUAUGCAGUGAAAGAUCAGAAGAGUUUCACUUACUCUUAGAGAUUUGCUUACAAAAAUAUCUUUUGGUGCAGAGACAACAAGCAAAUCAGCGAAAGGUAAUGAACUAUGACCUAGUUGGUUUAUACAAAAACGCAGGAACAAUGUAUGAUUAGAUAAGAAGGCUCAAGGUGUGGGUGAAUUUCUGAAUGUUAUGGACUGGGUCUGAAUGUGUUGGACUGGGGCUUUCAAAUCUGUUUUUGACUGUCUUGAAAAAGUCCAUGUUUUCCCAGGAAAAAAAUUAAUUAUUUGUUUUGAUCAGAAUGGAUAAAAUCGUUUUUUUUUUUAUUUGAGGUCUGUUCAAAGAUCUGUCCUUUAUAAAGUAUUCUUCAAUUUAUUAGGUGUUCACGUCUAUGUGCCACCAACUUCUUGAACCAUUAAUCAAACUGCGUCACAUGUUGAAAGGCUUUUCUAAGAUCUGUCAACCUAUGGUGCAGUGUGGAGAUCAACAACCUGAAGAUAGUUGGCAAAUUGGGAAAAUGGAAAAGAUCUCUUGCCUGUUGGAGUUAGCAGUAACCAGAUGCCUCUUUCAUAAGUAUGCAAAUAAUUGUGAUUAUUGGUUCUAUGACUGAAAAUCAGUAGGUCUGUGUGAUCCUGAGGGAAGGUUUCUUCCCCUCGACCAUUAUAUCUGUGGGUGUUUUAACCACUACCCUUACACCAAAAUUCUUGUCAGAAUCAAAAAUUGUUUCACUAAACUGGUUAAUUUUUUUGGGUAGCAGGUACAUUUAAAGAAUGUAGCUGUUACCCAAAAAAAUUAGCAGGAGAAGCAGGAGAUGCAGGCAUAGGCUGGCCAAGCAGUAAUUUUGGACAUCCCCUGUCAAAUUAAACUGCCCCUGAAUUUUAGAUUAUUAGCUUUCCAUAUGCAAAGAAAUACAGUCACACAGACAUGUGGAUCAAAAGAGUGAGAGGCUUGCAGUAACGGACUCAAAGACAUUUGCAGACCUACAGAUGUGCAUACAUACAGAGUUACAGUCUUGUGGAAUUAUGUUGUCCUAGAGACUAGUGAACUUAGCAGAUUUUUGUGCAAGUGUCCUUAAAAAUAAUUCUUGCAGAGAUCACAUGGCAGAGUAUCCACAGGCUCUCAGAGGGCAAGAGGAAAAACAAACUGAAUCUGAUGAGCCUGCCAACAAGAAAGCAAGAAUUUUUAGUUAUCCCAAGCUUUUGUUUGAGAAGAUGUGGGAGAUGGUGGAAUCACAAGCAACAGUAAGUAGAAUGAAUGUUACCUACAAAAUAAUGUUAUGUUCAAUAAAAGAUGUUUUUUUUGUUGUCAUGUACAUGGGACAAAGAAAAAAAUUUGAGUUAUCAUGAGGAAUAGAACCCCAGACUUUUGGAUUCAUUGCUCCAAUGCUUUAUCACAGAACUAUACACACUCCCUAUGCUGGGAUGAAUAUUACAAAGGUGGUGAAUUUUUGCUGAGCACUGCAUGCAUGAGGAACCUGGUAAUGACUUCAAGUUCAGUAUAUAUAGACAAUAUUUGUCUGUUUGUUUGUUUAUUUGCUUGUAAUAACUUUGCCAUUUUACCUCAAUUAGGAAGAUGUUGACACAAAAGAGGCAGCUUUGGAUAUUCUUCCUUUUUUAUACAAGGAAUUUAUCAAAUCAAAUAGGUUAGUGUAUGCACAGUCAUAAUUAUUGAUGAAGAACCCAGUCCACUCUCUACGCCCGAGUUGGCAUGAAUAUGCAUAUUCUCCUCAUGGUUCUCUCAAUAUUUCCUAUGGUUCUGAGAAGGAGAAUUUGGGUUUUUACAGCCAGGAGCUUCUCUGGGCAAAGAUCAUUUCCUUUAUUCUCAUAACCUUAAUGUUUGAUUCAGCUGUAAUAAUGAAGGGAGAAACUAGAUGCUGAUCUUGGUGGUAUGUCCUUGUUUACUUUCUAGAAAACCAAAUUGUUCUGCCUCUCCUGUGGAGUUUGCCUUUUUCACAGAAAUGUGUCAGUUGCUCGGUGUGUUGAAUGGAAACAACAUAACCCCCAGUGUGUUCACCUUACUUCAUCAAUUGCUGGAAAGCAUCCUGCACUAUGAUAUUUACCAGGUACAUUCAUGUACAUUUUGUUAUUAAAAAAAUAGAUUCCAUUUAAUAUGUAAACAGAAUAAAAGAGAUGGUAAGUUUUGAGCUCGGUAAAGAAAUAGAGAAAUAUGUUUUUGUCUUGUCAUGAACAUGGGACAGAGAAAAAAUUCUGAGUCUCCAUGAGGAAUCAAACCUCAGACCUGUGGAUUCCACUCUCUGAUGCCCUACCACUGAGCCAUAGGGAUUCUAUGAUGAGCAAGGACAUUAUGAAUGUUAUUCUUCGUGGAGACUCAGAAUCUUUUCUUUGUCCCAUGCUCAUGACAAGAUGAAAACAUCUUUCUCUGGAUUCCAUUUUGCCAUGUGUCUGUUCAGUAAUAGAUUGCACACGACUUCAGAAUAUGGCAAGAACAUCAAUGACACACAAGAUGUCAGCAAUAAAAAGCUAUGGAAUUAUAAUAUUUGGUUUUAUCUUUUUUUUUUCUUUUUCUCUUUCUCUCUCUUUUUUUUUCUUUCAUUAUCGCAAUGUUGUCCCUUAAGCAUGUUAGGUAAAGACAUUUUCAAGCUGGGUAAGCAAUCCUUUCACCCUUUUUUUUCAAGAACUUCAAGCAAUUUUAUACAGUAAUAAGACGCUCUGUAGUUGGUAAGGUCCAUUUACUGCCUGAGAAAGAGAGCUCUGUAAACUCUCAGGGUUGCAUCAGUCUAGGGAAGGCAGUAAAAUAGUAUCAAAAAUAAAUUUCCAAACAGAAAUUACUUAGUAACAUAUAAUAAGCUAAAGUUUUUGCCUAUUUUUUUUUGUAAUUCAAGGUAUCAGAUGACAACCAGAAUGGUUUGGUACAAUUCAACUCUUAUGACAGUUUGGUCAAGAUGGUAAUUAAGACAGAGGAACCAGGGUAGGUGUUGAGUAGUAAGUGCUGUAGCUGUGUAGAAUACAUGUAUGAUGUAUGUAACAAAAUGGUUUGUCACUUCAAGAUAUGCUGUACUUGAAUUGAAGUUUGAAAGAUGAAAAGUGUGGAAUCUGAAGGUCUGAUGUUUGAUUCCUCAUGGGGACUCAGAAUUUUUUCUUUGACAAGAGUUAGAGACAUCUUUCUCUAUGAAAAUGAAUGUGAACAAAUUUUAAGGUGCUUUGAUUGUUAUGAAUUUGAUACUCAAAAAAACUAGGUAAUUGGGUAUUUGAAAAGGCAGUUAAUAUUCUGAUGUCUUAAAACCGUCACUAUCAAUCUGGUGCACCCUCGGCACCAACAUCAGUAUGCAUAUUCUCCAUUCUGUUGUUCAUGCAUUUCCUAAGGUGCUGACAAGGAGAAUUUGUGUGGCAAUCAAGAGCUUCUUCAGUUGGUGAUCAUUUCCUUUAUUCUCAUGACCUCAAUGUGUGUUUCAGUGGUGAUAUUGUAAGAAGUUAGAUACUAGUCACUUUCUGGGGUUAAAAGGUUGAGCGAAAAAAAUUGUUUUUUGUUUUUUUGCAGGAGAAAGAUCAUUUUGAGUUCACAAUAAAGGCCUAAUUCUUAAAAUCGGAGGCAUGGAAUAUUUCUAAAAUAACUUGUUGCUCCCUGCUACUUUCAAAUUUCCCGUUAAUGUCAAGAAAAUCUUGUUACCGUUAUAAAUACUCCUCUUUUUGUGUUGUUACUUGCAGCAAAGCUGUAUUCCAGUGUCUUGAUGUUCUGCUAAAACUGAAUCACUCCUUGGUUGAGCCACACUUAGAUGUUAUUUGGAAGAUGCUGUGGAGAACGGAAUGCAGUGCUGGUGAUGCACACAACUCUUUGAUGAAUUCUCUCAUCUCCACGUAUGUUAAACUACGACAGGUACAGCACAUACCCUGCACAGUUCACGUGUCUCUAAUACAGAAGCUGUAUUGAAGACUGGUUGAUAUUUUGGGAAACUGUAAUUUUCUGAGCCAUAUUUUUUUAGUCCGCAAGUAUUCCCUCAUAAGGAGCACUCCGAACCGAGUUUUUCUUCGCCCGUAGGAAAGUCCGGGGCCUUAUUAACGAUAUAACUCCCAAAAGUGAUUAACGUGUAAUUUCUCCCUAUAAUACACAUACGUUAUCUAGCAAACAGGUAAUGAGGAUACUCAAACUUAUCAGAUAGAAGUUGUUAUCUUGAUCUAACACCAAACUCUCGCAACAAAUUCACAAGGAAAUGUGUAGCAGCCAGAGGGGAGAAUUAAUAAUUAUCUUGGGAGUUAAAGGGUUAAGCGACGCGAGCCGGCGAGAGGCCUGCAAGGGGUCUAGUACUGAUAAUAAGGGCCUAGGUAGACGCUCUCCAACUCGACUCAAAUCUUCCCGCGGGCGGAGGAACGCGCGUGCCGGCAGCGCCAAUAAUGAAGUUCUGCUCGCACGCUUUAUUAUUUUGUUUGAUAUCCAUUAUAGUUGCUCUUCCUUUUUGUUACAACUUACAGUUUGAUAAACUUGUUUUGGCAAUUCUGGAUUCUUUGAGAAGUUUGAACCCUUCAAGUUCUGGAUUAACGUCAUUCUUCAACCAAAGGUUGGCAACAAUUUUUUUUCAUUUUUACUGGUAUAGUAUCGCUCGCGUGUAUUGCAACACCCAACACGCGUUUAGCGCGUAUAACACGUUUCGGGUAUACGAGAUCAUAUAAAUGAGCCCGCAGUCAUAAGUAAAGGAUUCCCGUGCUCAACGCCAGCAUUCUUUUGUUCAGUUAUUAAUAGACUGAUUGUCAUAAUCGAUCCUCUGAUUCUGUUUCAGAUUUAUCAAGGCUAUCCAAGGUCUUCCCCUCGGCCAAAUUACCACGAUAUGGAACAUAUUUUGUAAUGAAAUCACUGAAAACUACCUUGGAAAUAUUAUAUUGCAAGGAUCAGAAGCAGAUCCAGGAAAUAAACUGAAUGUAAAGGAAAAACUCUCGCCGCAGUUAGCCGUGUGGAAAAAAUUGGAAUGUGUUUCAAGUGUCUUCUGUUCGUUUCUUCUCCACACGAGUUUUGUGGGGAUCGGAGAACAUCGAAAGGGAAAAACCUCUUUAUCCGCAGUGGGAACAUUGUUAAGUCGUACAGUACAGGAAGUGCUCGACCCCAUGGUAGAGUUUUCAUCAAAAGUUCAACAUGACAGAGUGAGUGUAGUGUGGAAAUUUGCCCAUCGCAAGCGCCUUGAGCACAAGAAGCCCAAGCUCGCACAAUGAGCCUCCGUGAAGAUGUAAAUAUUUUUACGUUGCGCUAUGGGCGAAAUAUAAGGAACUUUAUACUAAAAUACGGUUUCUCUCAACCUCAAAAUCUGAACUAGUUUUUGUCGUGUGAGUUUCCUGGGCUGAUUUAAGGUCGUUUAGCUCGGUUUUAAUUCAUAUUCUGUGUCCGCUAUAAUCACAGUACGGAGGCUCCAAGUGCGAGCUUGAGCUAACUCAAGCUCCGUAUGGGUGUGUGUGUUAUUUCACACUCUUUGCCAAGACACAGUAUCGAAAUUCAAUAACUAAACUGAUUUAUUUGAUUUUUUUCCGCUCCAGGUAAAAGAAUCGGCUUGUUUCUCUAUUUUGUUGUUACAACGUGCCCUAGGAGAUCUAGCACUGUUCUUAGGAGAUUUUAAAAUUGCCGACUUAGACAAUGAAACAACCAGAUUACUACCAUCAGUCGAGUGGAUAGAUGCGAUGAAUGAUUUUGUUCCCGGAAAGCGGAACAAAGAAAUUCUCGCCGUUCUCUCUAAAGACAAAGGAAGACUUCGUUAUCUUAUGGUUUGUAACGAAUAGUUUGUCUUAAUUUAUUGUUUGUGGCCAUAUUCAGUUCAAGGCGACAUGUAAAUGUUUAUUCAUGGGCAUACCAACAUCCUAUGUGAGAUUUUUCCCUAAGCAAUUAGAGAAGAACUUACCCUAAAACUUGCUAAGCCAACUCCUUACUAAACGCCAACAUCAGUAUGUUGACAGUAUCCAUACUGUUUUCCAUACAUUUCCUAAGGUGAUGUCAAGGAGAAUGUUUUAUAACAAUGAGGAGCUUCUUGAAUCGGUGAUCAUUUCCGUUAUUCUCAUGCCCUCUAUAUCUGAUUCAGGGGUGAUAUUGUAAGGAGAAAGUAGACGUCAGUCACUCGUAGAGGAUGAAGGGUUAAGAUUGUGCGCGAGACAAGAAUACUUGGUAAAGCAUAGUCAACUCGCCUAGUUCUGAUAGCGUGUCCCGAUUAUUGUGGAAUUGAGGCAAACGUCUAAGAUUUCAUGUACAUCCUCGCAGCUAACAUCAUUUGUAAUGGACAAUGAUUUGGUAAAGUAAGUUUUUCAAGCGAGAGUGACUCGUAUGGCAACAUCAGCCUAUCCUCCCAACCGUCGUUCGAAGCAAAGCGCUUGCGAGGAGGAUUCCUAUUCGAUUCAGAUGUAAUGCUGCCUGGGCACGUUACGCUUAUACUUACAUCAGAUUUUUCUGACAGUUUAUAGGCUGAGAGAGGAUUGGAGAGGGGUGUAGUUGAUAGUCUAGCUCGAAAGUUACCAGGCCACUAUCUUUCCCACCUAGAGCAUUUAGUAAAUGUCUCUUUUCUGUUUCUUAGAGUGCUCUAUGUAUUCAGAGCAUCAGAUAUGCAUUACUCCACGAGAACAAAACAGCAAAGAAAAAGGGUGAAGGGAAUGAGCUCAAGAGAUUGGUGUCUAGUGUCUGCAGUUCCGUCAACGACACUCUGUGGUGCAGUGCAUCUUGGGAUAGACAAGUACGUGAAAAGAAGGAUUGUAAAUGGUUUCUUUUUUAAGAAUUAUUUCUAGAAUUUCAAGAAUAUCCCAGGUCCUUCGAAGGAAUAUAUGGGUAGUUGAACUUGGGUUAUAGGGUAAUUUCAUAAAAUAUCUUAUUUUAUUUCUUCUUCUUUUUUUUUCUUUUCUUUUUGUCUUUACGCAAAAAAGGAGCGGUCAAUCAGUCAAGGGAAUACCCUAGUUGCAUUAUGGGAUUUGAUCAGCAAACAUGCGGCGGUGAUUCUUCCUCUGUGUACCGCUGACCAGCAAUUACAGAUUGCUCAUUUGAUCAUUAGGACUAUAACUGAGGAGACGCAAGAUGCGCGACAAACACAACUAGGGUAUGUUACGAAAUGACCAGGAGAAAUCUGUAGAACCAAACCUUUUUCCCGAUAACAGCAGUGUCAGCACAUUCGUCACAAGCGAUGAAAAGCACCACUUUGUUUUUGUAACAAUCACAACACAAUUGCACGAGCCCCUAGGGCUAAUGCAUUUUUGUUGCCUUUGAAAAUUUUUCUUGCUUAUUAAAACCAAAUUGCACUCGAAAUCAUGUUAUUGCCCAGACUAACUGUACUCAUGUUCUUUCAUUUCUUUAUCACUUGAUUUGCUUUCCUUGUAGGUGUAUUACCAUGCUUGAUGUAUCGAUGGAAUUGAUUCAAAAUGCGAGCUUUCACGAAAUGCUUGCCAUGCAGUCCAGUACAGUCUGUGCCCUUUGGGUUCGCCUUAGACAUGCUAUCGAUUCUGGUGAAUGGUAAGUAUUCAUUAACUAGCUUAUCGGCUUUUGAUGUCUCAGAGGGCACUAGAAACACUUUGUCUAUCAUCCUCGUUCAUCAAAAUAAAUUUAACUGCCUUGACGCCAAGUUUCGAAAUCUCCACGUUUAAGCGUUAAUGCUAUCCCUUGAAGCUUCGCCUGUACAUAACUAAAACGGAUUCACUCGUUUAGGAACUAGAGUUACUUUUUACUUGCUUAGUAUGGGAAGUCUCCCUCUAUCUGUGAGAACAGCACACACGAGGAGCCUGCGAGGGGACAUGCCUCCCACCUUCGCGUGCACGUUUUCAUCUUGCGCACAUCUGUGUGGUUUCAAAGGGCUAACCCAAAAAUGAUUCUUACUUGGUGACUUUGUUCGCACAGUGGAUGGACAGUCGGGGGUUUUUAGGAAGAAUUCGCGCAAUUAAGACCAAUACUUAUGUAGCUUUUUCUUAUCACUGAAAAGUAAUAUCAGCGACUACUUAAAAUAUCUUGUGGUAUUCUUAUACUGGAUAAGUUUCGCCAUUACAAAUUAUUCAUCACAAAGACAUCGUUUGAGUCUUUUGACUUUUCUCCAGCAGUACUAAUAAUCUAGAAGAGAAACUGAUGAAAGCUCUAUCCAGUAUUGCAACGUUAGCCGCCUCAGACGAUGGAAUUUUGACAGAAACGUGCGAUGAUGACAGCGCCAAUAAUGGCGAACAAGAAGAAAGUAUUGAGGAUUCACAGGGCGAACAAAGUGGUAAUUAAAAGUGUCUGCUGAUCGAUACGAGGCUACUUCUCUUCCUGCCUCCCCCCUCCCCCCUUCGUCUUCUAAUCUACGUUUUCAUUACAUUCAGCACUCCGAGCUGUGACCUUUAAGGUCAAUAUGGCGAGUAGAAAAAAAGGUUGACGACUAAGUUUACAAUGAGAAUCGUCAAUUUGGUGACCUGUGUGUGUCGGUCAUGUAGCAAGGUUUUAUUGUAGUGUUAAUAGUCUAAAAUAAAAGGGAGAUGAACAUUUGUAUAAAAUAUUAUGUCAAUGACGCAAAUGUCUUUUUUCUAUUUUUCUUUUUUUCGCAUUCUUUCUAUUUCUUCUUCUCCAUUCUAGCCACUGAAGCCUGUAAACUGUAUUUACUAUUCUUUUCAUUGUCUUUGUAGCGGAGGAAAGUUCCGACGACGAUAAAGGCGAGAAUGAAGAUAGCAGAGCAAACGAAACUCGUGAGAGUGACAAACCACGAGUGGAUAACUUGCAACCCUUCCAUUCUCUCUGUUUUGACGUAACUAAGAUAUCCAAUAGUGUUUUAUCUGCUGAAGUGCACAGUACCAACUGGUCGGCAUCAGCUGAAAAGAUCCAGCAACAUAUAAGGGUAUGGCUGAAAACUCUACGCGUGAAAUAGUAAACGGCGCCAUAAUAGCGGCGGAGUGAAAAAGCGAGAGAGGUUUACUACGGGUCAUGUUCUCCCUCGUUUUUCCACCACUGCUUCUAUCGCGCUGUGUACCAUCAUACUUCGUUUUUCCAACUGAACGCCUGGUGCAGGCUAGAAUUCUGGGUUUGAUAUGUGUAGAGUGUGCUCAUUUGUCUUUCUCUGAAGUGAGCCUUGUCACGCAACACGUGGUGUGAUCAGGCCCAACGACGACUGCUUUGUCGGCAAUGGAGGGAGCCGUAUUCUACGAUUCUUCCCGGUGAAUCUCUUUUAAUGACAACGAAAUAUACUUUUUUGUGUAUUUCAGGUUCUGGGUUUCCUUCCUCUUGAUUGGCUGUCUAAUGAGAACCAUGUUCGCUGUUUGAUUGGCCUGUUUACUUGUGACGUGCUUCUGGGUUCUAACGUUUUCCAGGUGAGGACAGUAAUUUCGCGGUGUGAUUGGUCAGGAAAAUUCAAUUCAUCCUCUUAACUAAUCAGAAGCAAAACAAACAAACAAAAAAACGCGACUCAGUCAUCCUCUUUUUCCCGCGCUUGAGGCUGCUUACGUAUAAUUAGUUCGAGUUCUCAUUGGUUCCUUAUAGCGUUGACCUUUAUCCUGAUUGGCUCGAUUUCGUUCCUAGGGGGCGGGGGAAGAAUAGAGACCCUGAUAGAUCGAGGUAGCUGAUUUUUUUGAUGUGAUUAGCGUUUUUUUCAUUUAUGACACCUAACGAAAAGCGUUUCAUCAUAAAAGCGAACGCUUCUCCAUUUCUGAUUUGACCUUUGUAAAAUUUUCUAGGAUUGCUCUCCUGACACGUUGAAGCCUCUCUCACUAAGCCGCCAUCUCCUUAGUGUUCUAUUUGAUGGCAGCGUCACAAGACGAAAGUUUGUAGCGCACCAUGUGCUCGACUUGGAUUCGCUACACUCUUGGCUUAUUGGUUCGGCUACCAGACUAUGGCGACAGAAAUGCACGGUGAGAAUGCCAAUUCAUGAUUAUAUCUGUGAAUUACAUAGUAUUACGUAUUGCAAAUUAUAGCCGUGUGCAGCACCACCAGAUCAACUAUUUUCGUAUCUUGGAGUAGUUGGGAUCGCUUUAUAGACCUUCGUAAUUUUCAUGUACUUGAUGACAUUUGAUUCCAGUUCUUUUUAAAUUAGUUACUUGAAAAGAUGACAUCAGUCAAUUUGAAUCAUUCUAGUAUCAAUAUAGAUGUCUCUUUCAAUAUUUUGUUGUGUGCAGGCAAAGUCUCCCUCGGGAUGUAGGUUAUUGCCCAAUUUAGGUAGCUUUUAAAGCAGAUUUCUGUCAUGUUUGCGCAAGUUGUUCGAUGUCGAUUUGUCUUUACCGAGGUAGUUUUUGAUAACCAGAGCACUCGUUUUAAUUUUUAUUAGGCUUAAAAACACCUAAAUGCAGGAGAAUUGAUUGGACACCCUGUGUAUUACCCUUUGCACGGUAACAUCAGUAUGUAUAUUCUCCAUACUGUUUUCUAUACAUUCCCUGAGGUGCUGACAAGGAGAAUUUGUUUAACAGUCAAGAGCUUCCCUUGUCGAUCAUUUCCUUUAUUAUAGUGACCCUAAUGUAUGAUUCAGGAGUGAUAUUAUAAGGAUAAUCUAGAUGCUGGUCAGUUCUUGGAGUGAACGCGUUCACUAUUCAUCGCUAUGAGUAUUCGAUAUUUCAAUUAAGGAUUUACACUUUACUUCUUGUGUGUUCCCCGACAGAAUCCAGCUACUGUGACUGCUAUGAACCUUAUGGUAAGGCAAACCCGAGAUCUUUUCUUCUUUACAUUCAAGUACCUCCUCAGAGCUCCCUUCCAAACAGUCAACGCAGUUCAGAAGACUACAGAAACGGUAACAAUCAUAUAUGUUGAGCCUUGUGAUACUCUUUAAAGGUGGUGGUUUUAGCUAGUCACACAGGCACACUUGGAAAGCAGGAAUAGAACCUGUGACCUUGUGAGUGCUUAUUCGGAUGGGAAUAUAAUGGGAUAUUUACGGCCCCAGUAGUGAAGGGGUAUGCUUCCCUUCUUUGGCUUGAAAGAUUUGUGUUACCAAAUACAGUGCGGUUUUUCGAUGUUUUGGUGUAAAAUUUUACCACGUAGCCUCUUGGAUAGCGUAAACAUUGGGGCCUGAAGUCUUGAACUGGGGGAGAAUUUUGGCAGUGGGCGAUCUAUAUCUUAAAUAAUAACUCUUCUUUCUUAAAAUUGUAAUUCUAAAUAUUCUCCCUGGAUAUGGUAGACGUGGGUCCACGAAAUCAACACGGUACUAUCCGAAGUAGUUUUUCAAUUUGAACAAGUUUUUUUGCCCUGAAUAGGGUCAGGUUAGAGACUGGCCCGGUAAGCAAACCCUCUCUAAAACUUUCCGUGAUGAAACCUCUUCCCCCCGCCACUCCCAAACGGAACUCGUUGAAGCUGGGUUGCACUCAUUUAUGCAUGCCUUUGUCAACUCUAUUUCCCAAACUUUGGCUGUUCUCGGUAUGGUCACGAGGAUCAUACUUUGAUGUUUAAUUGUUUGUUUAUUUAUUUAUUUUACUUUUUACAAACUUUCCAGUUAACAGAUGAAUUACAGGCUUUCUCAGCAGAAGUGCGGGAUGCGUCAGUAGACUCUUUGGAAAAAUCCCUCACCUCUUAUCAUGUAGUUUCAGUCGUUGUAGAGGGAAUUUUGGCGCUGUGUAAAGAAGUGAGUGUAUUAUUUCUUUCUGCCUCCGAUGUUUUACGCCCAAUCUCUUACCAGGUUUGGGAAAAACGAAGACACCAAGCUUUUUCCCGCGCUUUGCGCAGCAUGCUCAAUUUUUCUUUAAGUUCUGAUUGGCUCCUCGAGAUGUUCCCUUUGCUCUGAUUGGCCCUGUGUAACGUAAAUCCACUCUUUCGAAUAAACCCGAAGCUUGCAAUAGGAUGAGUAUUUUUGUACCUGGGUAAGUUGGUCGACCUUAAAAAAAACGUUAAGUAAACACAAUUAUCUUUCUUAUCUUUCUCAGGUUGUUAACAGCAAGAUAACCUCAAACAAGAUGAUCAGGAUUUCGUCCGACGUGGUGAUAAAACUUGGCCCAGUUCUACUUGAGCUACUGAGAGGAAUUGUUCAAAAGUUACGGCGGAAGCCGAGAAAUAAGCACCCAGAUGCUCAGAAAAGCACUUUAUCUGAUUUUUUCUUUCAAUGGCCCGACUAUAUUGACUCGUUCACUUCCUUGCUUCAUAUUUACUCCGUUUCCGAACAGUCCAGGUAAUUAUAUAUGACGACUUUUUCCCUUUUAACUCCCAGAUGUGCAUGUAUAUAUGGUCUUUCUUCUUAAAAUAUAAGGUGUCAUUCAUUUAAACGGUGGUGAGAAAAUACAUGUGUAUCAGGAAAUUGACGCAAUUGAUAGACAAACAAACUGAACCGUAUCUUGAAUGAGCCGAAGGAUUUAUUCGCUGUCGCACAUGCAAUGCCCUUUUUUGUCAGUAUUUUUUCCAUAUAUCAUGGCAAAUGAAUUGAUGCGUUAUCCUGAGAUACUAAAAGCCCUGUCGUGAAAAUCCUGCCGUUUUUUUUCAAAACCUGCGUGUAUUGGUCAGAAAAUAAUUUGUAAUUUCAUUUUUUCGCCGUUCAUUUUAAGCUUACCUUAGUUAUGUACGUAAACUACCUUUGUCGUUAAUUCCGCUUUCAGAAAAUUGAUUCGUGUAAAUGAAGCUUUCAAGCAUUGUGAAUGGCAAGAGGUAUUUGACGUCAUGUUGGCGGCAGUCGUGCAUAAUGUUUUCGAGACGGACCAGAUGGAGUCAGCACUUCCAGCGAAUAGGCACAAGGUACACUUCACGAUGUCGUGGGGCGAACAAUUUGGAUCAAUUCGCUUGGCCUAUGGGGGAUUCGCCCUAUUACAAGUUUGCCCCCCCACCAGUUCGCCCUCAUUACGGCGAACGUACCACACCAAAUGGGGCGAAACUUCCAGAUUCUGCUUGUUCAGAAGAAAACGAUUAUCUUUCUCUGGGUCUUUAGUGUUUCGCCAUUGAGUACGAGAGUUAUUCCUUAUUUUUUUUCUCUUGUUUUCCUGCGCGCUUGUACCAGAAGGUACAUGCACAACUUGGGAAGCACCCUCAAAAGGAUCAGGUCCCAGACAAAUUGCUACUUGUGAACGCUACAUGAGAGUACACAAAACUACAUUAUGAUAAUUGUGGUCAUAUCGUUUCGUUAAUUGUAACUAUGAAUGGUUUCGAGGAUUACAUACUAUCACUUUCCUUUCAGGAUCGAAUCGUGCGUGCCUGUCUGCGUUUCCUCAGAGUGGUGUGUAUAUCCUGUGUAGCGUUACAUUUACCGGUAGAUUUUCGCGUUCGACUUCUGGCUUCGACGCUCUACUUUUUGAGGAAGCUGGAACAAAAUAAGAAAAAUUGUACUGAAGAUCGUAAAACAGAUGACCGCCUUCGUGAUAUGAAGAGUGGCCUCCAUCAGAGUGAAAAGAUAGAACAGUCUAUAAGAAAGCAAGGCAGAUUUUCUGAUAGUGAAAGCAUUACAGAGGAGGGGUAUCUUCUGGCUGUGUCACUGCUCGAAGGAUGUGAUCCUGGUCUUCUUCCGGAACUACUCGAAGGAUUAGGAGACGAAAUUGUGAGUAAACUGCCUUCGUCUAUGAGCCAUGGCAGUGGGUCAAUCUUUUGCUUUUUAACAUUAAACACUUUAGGUUGAAGAUCCUUGCCAACUUCACCGUUUCUUGGACAACUUAAAGUCACAGCUGGAUUUUCUUUCCUCUUUUUUUAUCAGACUAUAAAGAACAUUGGUAAUGCUUGUUUUGAACGACUUACUGUUGUUCUCCGCGUUUGGCUUCGUCUGUUGAGUGGACGAUUUACCAAAGACAGAAGAAAGGAACUUCGCCCAAUAUUACCCAAGGUUUGUCUGACUCACCUUUGAUCAAUGACAAGCAUUGUAUACACAGUGCACUGUAUGAAAAAAUACUUUCUUAGUAAAGGAUCCCUUACGUUUUAAAUCAAGGAUCGUUGCAUUGAAUUUAGCAUGUUGGAAAAAACCAAGAGUUACACCUUAUUGGAAUCGGACUUACUAGGCCGGUCAUUACAACAAAGUUUAGCCGUUGUUUAUCAAAACCGCGUCCUAAACAAUCCUCAAUUUAGCUGGAUCUUUUAUCUGAACAUAUAUUUUUGUGAACACUGUCAAGGGGGCUGAAAGCUAACAGUGAAUGGACGCUUAUUGAAUAUUAAAUAAACCCACUUGUAGAGAAAGCCCAAGGCCCACUGAUUACAUAAAACCAUGUACCGACCCACUAUGUUUUGUUUGCCGGGCUUGACUAUUGGCUAAGGAAAAAACAUUUCGCGCAUAAAAAAAUAUCAAGUAAACGAACGUAGCAAAUUUAAAUAAUUUCUCUAAAUGGUUCAAUUCUUCUGUUAAAUCUGCGCCCCCUGCGCUUAUUUUUAAGUUUACAAACGUAGUCAGUGGAAACCAGCGUCGAUUAUUGACUAGCAUCUCAUUUUUCUUGACCAGAUUUUACUUGCAGUACAGUCUGUAUUACAAGAAGUAAAACGUGAAAAUCUCAUGGUUGUCAAUCUGGCUACUGAGGUCAUGGAAAAAAUUCUCUCCCUUGGAAAGGUUUGUAGACUGUUUGUCGAAGUACAGUGUUAUUUGUUCAUGCUUCAAGUUUUUUUUUUUUUUUUCGCAAUUGCUUAAAAAUACAGUUUACUUUGGAGGAUUAUUUCUUCGCUUGAUUCAAAUAUGAUUCAAUCCACUUCAGUUGUAAUUAGGACAGUGAAAAAUAUUGCGAGGAGCCAAUGAGAACUGCCUUUAGCGUAGGCGAUCAGGUUGUAUAAUUGGCUCAACGCUUACGUCUGAUUGCAUAUGAUUGCAUCUGCUGAUUGUAUAUGAUUGCAUAUGAUUGCAUUUGAUUGCAUCUGGCCCCAGUUUGAAGAUCGGAUAACGCUAUCCACUGGAUAAAUCUCUACCCGGUGGAUAACUCUGUACGCUUUGCUACUACUAAUCCGCUGGAUAGCGAUUUAUCCUUUGGAUAGCGUUAUCCGCCCUUUAUGCAACUGGACCCUGAUUGCAGCGUGGGUUUCUAGAACAAUCGCAGUGUGCGGUAACGUAAAACCACCGUGAUGUUGUAUCAGGGUGUUUGUUGAACUGAGUCAGUCAAGAGUCAGUCCGAACAAAGGCAAUUACCAGUAGCGAAAACUCAAAAUAAAAACGGGUAAACUCCCUAAUGCGUACGAAAACACAGGUGGCUAGCCCGCGAUGAGUUUAAGUUUGUCAUCGGAUUUGUUUAGGAGGUGUUACGAGUUUUCUCGACCCAUCGGAACGUAACAUAUUGAAAACAACGAAAUGCCAGACUAUAUUCAGCACUGAACGGAAAAUUAUUUUAAGAAAAGCGGUUUUUUGUUCUUUUUUUUUGUAAAAUCAAAGGGGCAAAUGACUAGUGGUUUCUACUCAUUUUUUAUUCAACGAUCAACCUAUAUUUUCAUUCUGAAUUUCAGGGAAUGGUUCUUCCCCAUAACGCAGUCCUUGUCCUUCAUAGUGGUUUAAUCAAGCUUGUAGCUAAUGACAAGAGUUUCCCACGACUGUUCGAGUCCCAGUACUCUUUAUUGAGUACUUUGCUCUUUCAACACCCUGAAGCAGUCUAUGGAGCUGUGCACGUGUUUAUCACGUGUGUUCGGAGUAUCCUUUGACCGCGUGAUUGUUUGAACUUCGCAUUUGAAAUGGGUGGAGGGAGAAGUGGUUAGAGAAAGAAAGGGAAGAGAGAGGAAGUACACGAGGGGGGGGGGGGAUGAAACUGGAGGAGUACGGGAGGAAAGGGGAGGGGGGAGGGAUCAUAUCUACCCGGGGAGGACACGUUCUUAAUCACGUAUCGUGCGCAUGGUUACGUUCUAAGAAUUUUGAUAUCGCAUGAAGCCUUAACUUGUUCUUAGAUCUUUUACUGAGUUUGAUACAAGGAUGUGAUGUUCAAAAUGACGCUGCUGUGGAAAGAAAUGUGGAUAAAACGUCAGCGGAACGACUGAAACCGACUGAACUAGUGCAAAGCGCACAGAAGAUGGCAAGGUGCGUUCUUUAAUUUUGUCAGUAGAUUGAGCGCCUUAGGUGCCGUAAAACAUAAACCAAAGUAAUAAUAACGGCCAAUUAGGAGAAGGGAAAAUACCCCGAAGGGCCAAUGAGGACUCAAAGGAAAAACACGCAAACUGUCUAAAGCGCGAGUUUUCUGGACCAAUCACAGUGCAAAGUAAAGCCGAGCUAAUUCAAUCUCGGUUUACUUUCGACACUCGAUUGAAAAUUGCUUCGAAACUGCCAGAGCUUAAUAAUCAUCAGUUUGGACAGGUGAGCAAAGUAUCGCGGUUUGUCAUGGGCGAGGAGAUCGUUAAUUGAUCUGCGAGUCUAACAAAACACAAUAAUUUGCGAUGACCGAGUUCAGUAUUCUUACUAGUUUACUUUUAGUUUAUUCUUACUAGUUUUUCCUUUCCGUGAUGAUUCUUCCAGAAUCACUCUCUGGUAGCUUAGCGAAGCGAUCUGCAGUUUUUUAGGAAAGAGUGUGAACACGGUAACGCAUGUGCACCAAAACACAGUUUUGUCGGUAUUUCCUAUAAGAGGUCUUUAUUUGUAAGCAGUUCUUUGCGACUCAAAUUAUUUAAUCAACCAUCGCACAGGUUAAAACGAUCUGACAAUUUUAAAAGCAUCUUUCUUCCGCGUGUGUUAAGGCCUUGAAUUGCUUUUUCAUUUUUUUUUAGAUUAUAUCAAGAAAUAUCUACGCAUAAAAUCGCCUUUUCCAAGGUAUGA